GCAACGUCACAGCCAGCAUUUAGUACAAAGGGUGGUACAUCUUCAGUCACUCUUUCUUACAAACUUCAAGCUGACUACUGUAGUCGGCUAAAGCGAUGCGACGUUUACCAAUUUUAUGCUUAUUGCUUAUUAUAGCAGUUUGCGCUAAUGCUGUACCAUAUAGUAAUGAAAUCGAAGAUGCUGACGAACUGUCAGAAGAUAUUGAUUCGCCAGAAUCAUUUGAGGAUGGUCUUCUGGAUGCAGAUAUGAACAAUCUUUAUAAGCCUAAGCCACCGAAGCCACAUGAAAAACAUUCAAAGGAAAAACCAAAGCCUCAUGAGCAUUCAAAGGAAAAACCGAAGCCUCAUGAGCACUCAAAGGAAAAGCCGAAGCCUCCGAAGCCACAUUCAAAAGAAAAGCCGAAGCCUCAUGAGCAUUCAAAGGAAAAGCCAAAGCCCCAUGAGAACUCAAAGGAAAAACCAAAGCCACCGAAGCCACAUUCAAAAGAAAAGCCGAAGUCCCGUGAACAUUCAAAGGAAAAGCCAAAGCCCCAUGAGAACUCAAAGGAGAGACCGAAGCCCCAUGAGCUCUCAAAAGAGAAGAAGUCAAAAGAACGUGAAAACUCUAAGGAAACGAUAUCCAAGGAAGUCGUUGGACAUUCCAGAGAAAAUGAAGUCUCCAAAGAAGUUAUAAACAGACCGACAAUUUCAGAUGAUGCAAUAUUUUUGCCCCAUGAAAAAUUCUGCCAGUACUUUUAUGUAUUUGAUGGUGUGGAAUCCCGUCUGCUUUCAUGCGCUAAAGGACAUCACUUUGACGCUGAAAAAUUGCAGUGCUUGAAAAGCAAGGAGGUCAACUGUGGAAAACGCAAGAAAAAAAUCGGUGGCAGUGAAGAGAAAAAAAUCGGAAUCAAUUUCAAGUGUCCCAAAUGGAGUGGUCUUCACAAGCACGAGUAUUACUGUCACCUUUAUUACAGCUGUCAAAACAAGAAGGCGCAGUUAUUUAUGUGUCCACCAGGAAUGCUGUUCGACGAAAGAAGCUUGACGUGCUCUUAUCGAAGAAAUGUUGACUGCAAAAAGAGGAUUGACCCAAAUGAAUAUGUUGAUGAUGAAGCUGAUGAACUGAUUGAUCCUAAUGAACCAACAUACGAAUGUUAUGGUAUGAAAGGAGUAUCCCCUCACCCAUCAAUGUGCAACAAAUACAUCCGCUGCUGGUAUGGUUAUGGAGAUGUGUACGUGUGUCCGAGAGGCUACAUGUUUGACGAAGACCUCCUAUCCUGUCAACCCAAGAAAUAUGUUUACUGUGACGACAGGAUAGAUCCUUAUGGUUAUGACGACGAGGAAGAGCCAGUUCUUGUCGAUGAUCGUCCAGAUUACAUCUGUCCCGAGAGCAAAGGCCGUUUCCGCCAUGGUGUCUGCUCCAUGUACUACGAAUGCGUGAUGGACAGAGCAAUGCUGUACGCCUGCCCCCCAGAAAAAUUGUUUGAUGCCCACAAAGAAACAUGCAGAAAGGCCUCCGAAGUGUCCUGCAAUGAUGAUGUUGAUAAUGAUACAGAGGAAGAUUUUAUUUGUCCUGCUAGAGAAGGUAUUUUCAAGAGUGAAGCUGAUUGCAGUUCCUACUACAAAUGCAAUAAAGGUAGAGCGCAGCGCCUCUGGUGUUCACCGGGAGAGUUGUUUGACACUGACUGGAAAUCGUGCGCAGAUGAAGAUGAGGUCACCUGUGGAGACAGGCAGCAUCCAAAAAAUGAUCCCGAAGAUGAAAGCGACGAUAAUGUCAUCGACGCGAGACCAAAUUAUAGAUGCGAGAAGCGGUUCGGCCGUUUUACUCACCAAGAAGUGUGCAACUAUUACUAUAAUUGCAAAGAUGGCAAUCCAAGUUUGCGUGUUUGUAGAAACGGUCGAUAUUACGAUGUCACUAGCAACAGUUGUCAGUAUGAAGUGGAUUGUGGAAACAGGAAGCCAGAUUACGAACAACGUCCAACGAUCCAGCCAGAAAAGUUCGUGUGUCCGUCCAAAAGUGGGAAAUAUCCCCACGAGAGGGACUGCAGUGCUUUUUACAAAUGUGACAACAGAAAGUACAAAAUACACUACUGUUCGAAAGGAAAGCUGUACAACGAGCGUAAGAGGACCUGUGAAUCUGAAAAUAAGGUUACAUGUGGAAGCAGAAUUCAUCCUGACAUGGAUCCUGACGAACCGGAAGAUAAAGUGAUUGAUCCCUAUCCUAACUAUUACUGCUACAGUAACUUCGGUCGGUACAGACAUGAUGAUUACUGCAACUGGUAUUACCAAUGCUCUGAUGGAAGAGCUUCAGUUCGGGAAUGCAAAAGGGGAAAGCGAUAUGACUCGUACAGCAGAAGGUGCCGUGUGAAGGACGAAGUCUCUUGUGAUGGAAUUCCAGACAAUGAAGAAGAUAAUGAUGACAAAGUGAUCGAUCCUUUCCCGAAUUUCUUGUGUGAGAAGAAUUAUGGCCGUUACUUCCAUCACCAUUACUGCAACUGGUAUUAUCAAUGCUAUGAUGGAACAUCUUCGCUUCGAGAAUGCAGUAAAGGAAAGCGCUUCGAUAUUCAGAGGGAAAUGUGCCUUGACGAAGACAAAGUUGACUGUUUCGGAAGACCAGACAGUAAUGAAGAACCUGUCACCGACGAACCUGAAACAGAGAAACCUGUUACCGAAGAGCCUGUCACAGAGGAACCUGACACAAAGAGACCUGAUACUGAGAAACCAAUAACCGAGGAGCCCGAUACUGAGGAACCAAUAACCGAGGAGCCUGAUACUGAGGAACCUGAUACUGAGGAACCUGAUACUGAUGAGCCCAGCACCGAAGAACCUGACACCGUUGAACCUGACACCGAGGAACCUGAUACGAAGAAACCUGAAACUGAGGAACCUGAGGACUUAGUGAUAGAUCCCAGGCCUGACUUCGUGUGCCAAAAGAACUACGGCCGGUACAUUCACAAAGAGUACUGCAACUGGUAUUAUCAAUGCAAUAAUGGAAAAUCUUCUCUUCGAAGAUGUAGUAAAGGAAUGCGCUAUGAUUCUCACAAAAGAAAAUGCCUCGACAAGGAUAUAGUGAAAUGUAACAAAAGAAAAGACAAUGAUGGUUCUGAAGAUGAUGAAGAACCUAUUCUAGUCGACCCCAAUCCAAAUUACGUCUGUCCUGACACGGCAGGAUUUUUCCGACAUGAAGUUUGUUCUAUGUUCUAUCAGUGCACUCAGGGCCAGGGAGAGUUAUAUGCUUGUCCACCGGGUAAACUUUUCGAUGCUCGGGCGUACACUUGCCGAAAAGCUGAGGAAGUGUCCUGCGAUGAUACUGAUAAAGAAGAAACUACCACUGAGGAGCCCUCUACUACAGAAGAGUCUACAACUACACAAGAACCCACCACUACUACUGCAGAAGAGUCUACAACUACACAAGAACCCACCACUACUACUGCAGAAGAGUCUACAACUACACAAGAACCCACAACUACUACUGCAGAAGAAUCAACAACUACACAAGAACCCACCACCACUACUACAGAAGAGUCAACAACUACACAAGAACCCACAACCACUACUACUGAAGAGUCAACAACUACACAAGAACCAACCACUACUACUACGGAAGAGUCUACAACUACACAAAAACCUUUAACAACGCCAGAAGUUGAUGAAUCUAAUCAAGACGUGAUAGUGGACUACCAUCCAAAUUUCGACUGUGGCGGCGAUGACGGAGAUUUUGCCCACGAAGAUGCAUGCCACUACUACUACAGUUGCUACAAAAACAAACCUGUUGUUCGACAAUGCCCAGAUGGAAUGUACUUUGAUAUAGAACGUGGACAUUGCAAUGACUGGUAUUUAGUGACUUGCGGAGAUAGGCUUGGGCCAGAUGAGAUUAGUCCCACUUUUAAAGAUCGUUACAGUACUCCAUAUGGUCAGAAAGUCACUACUAAACCUCCUCGACCUGUUACAACUGAAGUUCCUCCAACAACAAAGCCGUUCGUCUGUCCAUCCAGUGAAGGAUUCUUCCCACAUGAAAGAAACUGUGGUAAAUAUUACCUUUGCAUCAACAACCAACCAGAAGUCAGAAUUUGCCCUGAAGGUCAACUGUAUGACAUUGACAAAAAAAGAUGCAACGAUGAAGAAGAAACCAACUGCGGAAAAAGAAUUCAUCCGAAUGAUGAUCCAGACAAUCCUGAUAAAAUACCCGACAAAGUUAUAGAUCCUGAUCCUGAUUUCGACUGCUCCAAGCGUCAUGGUUGCUUCACUCAUGACGUCUUCUGCAAAUGGUACUACUACUGCCACGACAAACGACCUGAGGUUCGUGAAUGUUCCGGGGAUCAGUACUUUGAUUCCGUCAGGAACAAAUGUUUGGAAUGGUGGAUGGUCUUCUGCGAUAAAAGGAGUACACCUGACGGCUAUACAACCACUGUAACACCAGUGACGAAAAAAGAAUUAACGACUGGAACAGGUACAGGCGGCGAUUCUACAAGAACAACUCCUGGAGACGGUAAAGGAACUGAUGAUGACUCGAGCAGAGGAACUGGUACAGGAGGAGAUUCUACCAGGACAACUCCAGGAGACGGUAAAGGAACUGAUGAUGACUCGAGCAGAGGAACUGGUACCGGUGGUGAUUCUACCAGAACAACUCCAGGAGAUGGAAAAGGAACAGAUGAUGACUCGAGCAGAGGAACUGGUACAGGAGGAGAUUCUACCAGGACAACUCCUGGUGACGGUAAAGGAACUGAUGAUGACUCGAGCAGAGGAACUGGUACCGGUGGAGAUUCUACCAGAACAACUCCAGGAGAUGGGAAAGGAACAGAUGAUGACUCGAGCAGAGGAACUGGUACAGGAGGAGAUUCUACCAGGACAACUCCAGGAGAUGGAAAAGGAACAGAUGAUGACUCGAGCAGAGGAACUGGUACAGGAGGAGAUUCUACCAGGACAACUCCAGGGGACGGUAAAGGAACUGAUGAUGACUCGAGCAGAGGAACUGGUACAGGAGGAGAUUAUACCAGGACAACUCCAGGAGAUGGUAAAGUAACUGAUGAUGACUCGAGCAGAGGAACUGGUACAGGAGGAGAUUCUACCAGAACAACUCCAGGAGAUGGGAAAGGAACAGAUGAUGACUCGAGCAGAGGAACUGGUACCGGUGGUGAUUCUACCAGAACAACUCCAGGAGAUGGAAAAGGAACAGAUGAUGACUCGAGCAGAGGAACUGGUACAGGAGGAGAUUCUACCAGGACAACUCCUGGAGACGGCAAAGGAACUGAUGAUGACUCGAGCAGAGGAACUGGUACAGGUGACGAUUCUACCAGAACAACCCCUGGAGACGGCAGAGGAACUGGUACAGGAGGAGAUUCUACUAGGACAACUCCUGGUGACGGUAAAGGAACUGAUGAUGACUCGAGCAGAGGAACUGGUACAGGUGGUGAUUCUACCAAAACAACUCCUGGAGACGGCAAAGGAACUGAUGAUGACUCGAGCAGAGGUACUGGUACCGGUGACGAUUCUACCAGAACAACCCCUGGAGACGACAAACGAACUGAUGAUGACUCGAGCAGAGAAACUGGUACAGGAGGAGACUCUACUAGGACAACUCCUGGUGACGGUAAAGGAACUGAUGAUGACUCGAGCAGAGGAACUGGUACCGGUGGAGAUUCUACCAGAACAACUCCAGGAGAUGGGAAAGGAACAGAUGAUGACUCGAGCAGAGGAACUGGUACAGGAGGAGAUUCUACCAGGACAACUCCAGAGGACGGUAAAGGAACUGAUGAUGACUCGAGCAGAGGAACUGGUACCGGUGGAGAUUCUACCAGGACAACUCCUGGAGACGGCAAAGGAACCGAUGAUGACUCAAGCAGAGGAACUGCUACAGGAGGAGAUUUUACCAGAACAACUCCAAGAGAUGGAAAAGGAACUGAUGAUGACUCGAGCAGAGGAACUGGUACAGGAGAAGAUUCUACUAGAACAACUCCUGGUGAUGGCAAGGGUACGGAUGACGAUUCAAGCAAAGGAACAGGUACCGGUGGAGAUUCUACCAGGACAACUCCAGGAGACGACAAAGGAACUGAUGAUGACUCGAGCAGAGGAACUGGUACAGGAGGAGAUUCUACUAGGACAACUCCUGGUGAUGGCAAGGGUACGGAUGACGAUUCAAGCAAAGGAACUGGUACAGGAGGAGAUUCUACCAAGACAACUCCAGGAGACGGGAAGGGAACGGAUGAUGAUUCGAGAGGAACUGGUACAGGUGGAGAUUCUACCGGUACAACUCCACGUGACGGCAAAGGAACUGACGAUGACUCGAACAGGGGAACUAGUACUGUAGGGGAUUUAACUAGAACAACUCCAGGAGACGGAAAGGGAACGGAUGAUGAUUCUACUAGAUUAACUGGUGGUGAUUUUACUAAGACAACUCCAGAAAAUAAUAGAGAAACAGGCGAUGAUUCUUCCAGAGCAACAGCCACUACUCCUCGAAGCAGUAGGGAAACAGAUAAAGAGUCGAGUAAAGAAACCAGUACAGACGGUAAUGUUUCAAAAGAAACAAGAACGACACGAGGAAGAGGAUCUACAACAGAUCGAGAGUCUAGCAAGGAAAGAACAACUCGAGGCUGGGGCAAAAAAACUACAACAGAUCGCGAUUCAAGCAGGGAAAGGACAACUCGAGGUUGGAACACAAAAACUACCACCGAUCGGGAUUCCAGUAGAGAAAGCACAACCCGAGGCUGGGGUAAGAAAACCACCACCGAACGAGAUUCUAGCAGAGAAAGAACAACUCGAGGUUGGGGUAAAAAAACAACAACAGAUCGAGAUUCCAGCAGAGAAAGGACCACUCGAGGAUGGGAUAAGAAAACUACCACGGAUCGAGAUUCUAGCAGAGAAAGGACCACUCGAGGUUGGGAUAAGAAAACUACCACGGAUCGAAAUUCUAGCAGAGAAAGAACCACUCGAGGAUGGGAUAAGAAAACUACCACGGAUCGAGAUUCUAGCAGAGAAAGAACCACUCGAGGAUGGGAUAAGAAAACUACUACCGAUCGAGAUUCCAGUAGAGAAAGAACCACUCGAGGAUGGGAUAAGAAAACUACCACGGAUCGAGAUUCUAGCAGAGAAAGAACCACUCGAGGAUGGGAUAAGAAAACUACCACCGAUCGAGAUUCUAGUAGAGAAAGAACGACCCGAGGUUGGGAUAAGAAAACUACCACCGAUCGAGAUUCUAGUAGAGAAAGAACAACCCGAGGCUGGGGAAAGAAAACCACUACAGAUCGUGAUUCCAGCAGAGAAAGAACAACUCGAGGUUGGUAUAAAACCUCAACAAUACGAGAUUCCAGCAGAGAAAGAACAACUCAAAGGAGAAGUAAACCAACAGGGACAGAUAAUGAUAUUACAGGUACAACACCAACAUAUGAAAUAACAACCGAAAAGCCUAUUCAAGAUAAGUGCAAAGAAGAAGAUGGAGAUUUCCACCAUCCCAAAGAUUGCAAAAAGUACUAUACGUGCAAAGAUGGUGAAUACGAUACCAACGAAUGCCCAGAUGGUAUGCUGUUCGACAAAAAGCUGAGAAUCUGUCAGGAUGAAAACGAAGUUGAUUGUGGAGACCGAGAAAACCCUAUUACAACGCCAGAAAUUCUAGAUGAUUGUGAUGAGUGGCUUAGAACACGAACAACAGAAGAAGAUACCUCAACACCCUCAGGAAAAGGGACCACAGGUCCAUCGAAGGGAACUGGAGGUACUGGUUCGACAGAAACCUCCACCAGCCAGGAAAAUAUUGGAAGCACUAGAGAAGGCAAUACAGAUGAUGGAACAAAUACUGAAACAGAAGAAAGUACAAAAAGUUCUACAGAUGGUAUAAGUGGUAGCACAAGUAGUCAGGACGGAAAUGAUGGAAGUACUGGAACUGAUGACGACUCAACUAAUCCAUCAAAAACAACUAAAAAUGAUGGUUCUACAAGCGAAGAAGUGUCAGAAAGUACUAUUGACGAAGAUUUAACAAAAUCUUCAACUGAUCCUGAUUCUCAAACAAGUAGCAACACAGAUAGCGAUGACGGAAAUUCAAAAUCAACAAGCAGCACAGAUAAAGAAGGAGAUGGUGACAACACCCGAUCAACAAGCAGCACAGAUAAAGACGGAGAUGGUGACAACACCCGGUCAACAAGCAGCACAGAUAAAGAAGGAGAUGGUAACAACACCAGGUCAACAAGCAGCACAGAUAAAGACGGAGAUGGCGACAACACCCGAUCAACAAGCAGCACAGAUAAAGAUGGAGAUGGUGACAACACUCAAUCAACAACAGAUAAGGAUGAAGACGGUGGAAAAUCAAAGCCAACAAGUACCACAGAUAAUGAUGCAAUUAAAACUGAAAGCACUCUAAGUACCAACGAAGAUGAUGAUGAGUCUUCCAGCAGCCCAAAUACUUCUGAUAAUUCAAAAGCAUCAACAAUAAGUGAUAUAAAAAUCACAAAUAGUGAUGCUACAGCUACAGACAAUGAAAAUACUGUAAGUCAAUCCGAUAGUACAGCCUCUGAUGGCCUUUCGACUGAUGACGGGCAAAAUCCAUCUGAUUCCACUACGGCCUCUAAGUCCACAAAUGACGGUCAAAGUACAAAUCCAACCGAUUCAUCCACCAAUAACGGAAAAAAUACAACUCCAUCAGAUAGCAGAGAAACUGAUGAUGGCAAAACAAACACAGAAGACAACCAAAAAGGUAAAACUACAUCAGACUAUUCUACGAAGUCAACUGAGAGUAAUGAAACACCAACUGAAGAUGAUCAAACAAAAGAAAACACUGCAACAGAUCAAGACAACACAAAGACUUCCAGCUCUGAUGAUGGUAAUGAGACAAAAACCAGCCCAAGUAGUGAUGGUAUUUCAUCGAGUGAUGAUGGUAAAACUGGAUCUGAAAUAACAACAACUCCAAAAAAUCCUCAAACAGAUGGCGGAAACGAAACCGAUGGAAAUACUGAUUCUGGAACAAAAUCCACAAAAUCAACUUCAGAUUCAGAUAAUGGAUCAACUGAAGAAACAAACGACGGUAAUAAAACAAAUCCUCAGACAGAUAGCACAAAAGGAGACGGUACAGAUGAAAACAAAACUGGAGACGACUUGACCACGCUUUCGACGAAAGACGGUAGUGGAACAGAUCCGAAUACAAAGGAUGGAAGAGAGAGUAGUACUGCUUCUACAGAUGCACCUGAAACCACUUACAAAGAAUAUACUACACAGCAUCCUUGUCUAACUCAUACGCACAGCACACAUAGUACAGUAGCACCUACAGAUCCACCUCCAAUCGGUUGCAAAGAGAAUGAUAUAGAUUGCAUUAUGAAGAAAAUAGGCGAUGUUACAAAAUGGUACAAGUGCGCAAGUCGACAUGGUAGUUAUCCUCAUCCUCAAUCAGAUCUCAUCUUUAUUCAGUGCAGAAACUGGAGACCACAAAUUAAAAAAUGCGGAAGGAACAUGAGAUUCUCAAAGCAAUAUAUGCGAUGCAUUAACAGAAGAUAAAUAAUGAGAUUUAAAAAAGGGGGACAACAACCAAAUAUCAUAUCUUUAGAGUAGUACUUUAUGAUACAGCAUUAUGUAAAUAAAUUAUUUAUGAAAAAAUA